AUGAAGCAGCUUGAGUGGCUCACUUUCCAGGUCCUUGAAAGCGGAAUUUACGACCGACUCCUCCUAAAUACUCGCCUGAAUAUCAACCGGGGUGAUGCGAAGUACAAGGUUCUCAUCGCGAACAAGAGCGAGAAACCAAAUUGCAAAAUGAUUGAGGCCGCCCUCAUUGCAAUGGGCAAAAACCCACAACGCCCAUCCUGCGGUGUGGUCGCGGAUGGCUUGGACGGUUCAAUGUACUGGAUUAUCCUGGAUUAA